CCGGGGUCGGAAGAAUGGUCUCAGCUAUCACUGCUGUCUUGCUCAGGCCUUUCUAAGCAAAGUUCGUAUUUCUAGAUCUCGGGAUGCUACGUACGAAGAGACGCGGUUCGUGAACAUUCGGAAUGGAUUGAUGUGCGGGGGGUUAAGACGAUGUUCGACGAGAAGGAGGUAUGAAACCACUCAUAGUUCACCUCCAAGCCAAUUCCCGCACAGCCGUAAGAAGUCGCUGUACCUCGAUUUCAUCGUUGAACACACACUCCACUGGUUACUCAUAAAACAACUUCACAAUUCAAAAUGACGACCCCAAAAGCAAUGAAAGCAAUCCUCUUCACUGGCUCACCAACAGCGACAUACACUUCCCCCGCAACCGUCGCCUCCCUCAUCCUCGCCUCACAACCCUUGCCCGUGCCAACCGCAACACAACACCUAAUCCGUAUCCACGCUACCUCAAUCACACCUUACGAGCUCUCCUGGCCCACAUCCGCCUUCCCACACCCAGAGCCACGAAUCCCGUGCCAUGACAUCGCAGGCACAAUCAUCUCUUCCCCGCCAAACUCCCCUUUCAAGCCAGGAGAUCGGGUUUUCACUCUCCUGCCUUUUACAGGACAAGGAGGGAUGGCGGAGUAUGCUGCGGUGGAGGAGGAGUUUAUUGCUAAGAUUCCGGAAGGGAUGGGAUGGGUGGAGGCAGCGAGUGUGCCGAGGGCGAGUUUGACGAGUUGGCAGGCGUUGAGUGUCAGAGGAGGUGGGUAUGUGAAGCGGGGGAUGAGGGUUUUAGUUACUGGCGCGACAGGGGCGGUGGGGAGGAUGGGUGUUCAGAUUGCGAGGGAGCUGGUUGGAAAUGAAGGGAAAGUAAUCAGUGUUGGUGGAGUUGGAAGUGGUGGGUUGCAGGAUCUGGGUGCGGAUGUUGUUGUUAAUUAUCGGGAGGAGAGGAAUUGGGAGGAGGUGGUGAGGAAGGAGGGUAUGGUGAAUGUGGUGUAUGAUUGUCUUGGUGGAGAGACACUGGAGAGGUGUUUACCACUUGUGAUAGAUGGCGGGGUCGUUAUUACAAUCGGAUCACCGCCUCCGGGUGAUUGGGAGACUCUGAAAGGAUGGGAGGAAGCUAAGCAGAGAGGAGUGAAGGGCGAUUUUUUUAUUCUCGAGGAGAGUGGAAAGCAAUUGAGAGACAUUGCUGGCUUGUGGCAGAGUGGCAAAAUCAAGACGUCGGUGGGCUUGAUUGUUGAUGGGUUAACGGAAGAGGAUGUUCGAGACGGAUGGACGAGGGGGCUUAAGGGAGGUUUGGCUGGGUCAGUUGUUGUCAACGUUGCGUGAACGACAUACAUAUAGUUGGGUAGGAAUGAAUAGUGUAUAAUAAUGGACUCUUGGCUUACAUAUCAAAGCAAGCUCUUUU